CCUCUCGGCCCGCCCUCUAACGCUUUUCUGAUCAUCCAUUUUCAGAAAAGGAAACCUUAUCUGAAGGCGGACGAUGACCCCGCAGGGGCCGUCUUGAAACCCCUGGCGUUCCGAGCUGACGCGACCACGUUGGAAGUGGGGCAGUGUCCUCCUGGUGCGGGGGACAAGCUUGAUCACCGCGAGCAAAACGUGGGGGCCUGGAGGGCGUCCUCCCGGUGCCGGAGCACCUCAGCGUCACCAGCGCCCGGCACCACCCGGCUCACCAGGAAGGACCCCCGGCCACGACCCGAAGCUCAUGACGAGGCCGUGCAGCCCCCCGACGAGCUCGCCCCUCCGCUCGAAGUGCCCCAGGCCGCGCACUUCGAGGGAGGCGGAGGCAGGAGGGCGGCCGCGGCGGCAGCGGGCCCUGCGGAGCUGGCACGGGGCCGCCCUGCUUCUGUGGCAGAGAACCCGGCACAUGGCGACCCUCGGCUUCCUCGCCCCGCUCCCUCGGUCCCCUGCGCGGCCAGCUGCUGCGAGCUCUUUGGGUUUGCUGCUUUGCGUGAGCUCGUGAAGCCCUGGCUGUUGGAGGUCAGCCUCAGCCCGGCCCCGGCCCUGGACUGCUGGACUGCUGGACGGGUGAGGAGAAAGCCUGUCCGCGACACCACUGCGCUGGGUCUCCCCCGCGGCCUGCGGACGGAGAGGAAGGGACGCAGCCGCUCCGUUGCGCGCGGCGGCGGAUGCGGCCACGCGUGCGCGUCUGUCCUGCGCUCCCGAGCAGAGCGCUGGGUAAGGAGGCGUCUGCCGUGA